GUGUGCGCCAGUGGGGAAGUGUCUGGUGCCGCAUCCUCCCUCUUCUCCACAGACAGGCCGGUCAUAUAAAACCACCAGAGUGUCCCUGUGUGGGGCUUCAGGUUGGACUUAUCGAUCCUUGGUUGUUUUCAUAAAGUUCUCACGGUUCCAGCGGUGAUCGCGGAAGAAGAGUCCGACAAAGAUGAACGAGACCGAGCUGAACGCGUACGACUUUGAGCGACGCUUCGACGAGAGACGGGCGUUUGAAUGGAUGCAGGAAAACUGGACCUCCUCCUUUAUGUUCUGUGGACUGUAUGCUGCGUUCGUCUUUGCAGGGCAGCACUUCAUGAGGGAAAGGCCAAAGUUGAACCUGCGGCGCCCGCUGGUACUGUGGUCACUCAGCCUCUCCAUUUUCAGUAUUGUUGGAGCGGUGCGGACAGGGCUCUACAUGAUGCACGUCCUCACCACCAGCGGAUUCAGGCAGUCCGUGUGUGACACCAGCUUCUACCACGCGCCGCUCACCAAGUUCUGGGCCUAUGCGUUUGUCCUCAGCAAAGCUCCUGAGCUUGGUGACACAGUUUUCAUCGUCCUCCGAAAGCAGCGUCUGAUCUUCCUGCACUGGUACCACCACAUCACAGUCCUGCUCUACUCCUGGUUCUCGUACAAGGACCAGGUGGCCGGAGGAGGCUGGUUUAUGACCAUGAACUACUUCGUCCACUCCCUCAUGUACACGUACUACGCUGCGAGAGCUGCCGGAGUCCGUAUACCACGACUUUGUGCCAUGUUCAUCACAGCCGUGCAGAUUCUACAGAUGGUGAUGGGGCUAACAGUACUGAUUUCUGUUUAUAACUGGUUAAAUGAAGUCCACUGUCCCUCCAACAUGCACAACAUCACAUGGGGGUCUCUUAUGUAUCUCAGCUAUUUGGUCCUGUUUGCCAUGUUUUUCUAUGAGUCCUACCUCAAGGGAUCUCCCAGUAGCAGCAAGUCAAAGAAAGAGUAAAGUUGUGUGGAGACGGUGCCAAAAAACAAGAUGUAUUUUAUAGAUUUAGAAACAAAAUAACUAACAGAUUUUCCUUGUGUUUCAACAUCAACUGACCUGACAGUCUUAGUGAGCUGAUCUGCACGUAGCACAAUUUCUAAUGAUGAAAAUUCUAAUGAUACGAUAAGGUUAUAUAAGACUAACACGUAAGGAUGCAUGGUAUGGAUUACAAGGGAAUUUAAUCGGCAUUGAGUAGAUUUUGUUUUAAUUCUGGGAUUGAUAAUUUCUAUUCAGUUUAUGCCAAAAUGACCAUGCCCUUUACCUUUAUGUCUCUGUAUUAACUCAUCAAAAAAGGGAAGCACCAAAAAUAAUUAAAGACUUAAUUGGGAAAAUUAGAAAAAAAAAGUGUAUAUUUAUGGAACUGGUAGCAUUGAAGUGGUUACAACUGUGUCAUACAUAGUACUUAAUUUAAUAUAUUGUUUUAUUGUUAUUUCCAAUUCCUUCUAGUCUUGAUUAGAAUCUGUAAGCCAUACUUUGUCAUUCAAGAAAGGGAAAAAUUACUAAGAAUAAUAUUGUGGACCUAAGGGAAUCAUGCUACAUAAUUAUUGUUAGCUUGAACUGUCACAUAAUGAUCAAUAUUUAAUAAGACUGACCUUUAUCCAGUUACAUAUUACAUUUAUUAUUGUCCCAUCCAAGUUGUUUAUGCUAGAAAAACAGAACUAAAGCUACUGCCCUUAACCUUAGCGAAAGUGACAAGAUCUUAAAGGCAUUCCUCGAGUAACAAUGUGGAGUUACUUCUUUUUAACGUCAGAAGAUCCAAGGUUCAAGGGUUAAGGUGCACUUUACUUGUCCUCAAUUUACUCUUGUAAAAGUAUGUUUACAAUAACAUGCACUGAACAAUAAUGCCCUGUACUGCAUGAGUGGUAUUUUCUGUUUUUCACUCAACUGUGCUGUGAAAAAAGUGAUUCUGGUCCAUUUCCAUAAAUUAGAAUAUAGAAAAAAAAGCAUGGAAUUGCUUAAAAUGAAAAGUAUUCAUUUUUAUUUUAAGCUUCACUAUGUCACUUUUCUGAUGAUAUUGCUUUGCCUGGAAGGUUCCACAAUAUGGCAUUAAAAUAUCUAUGUUUAUAUUGCUCAAAAAACAUAAAAAAACCAGAUCUGACCUGUAACUUGCCUGGUGUCGCCUGCUUGUCUCCAUGGAGAUAGAUAAGACUAAUGCCAUACUGUGUAACAUGCUAUCAAUGAUACCUCUGUGCGGAUGGACAGGUAGCAGAUUUCCCACCAGAAAAGUUACACAGUGCACUUUUAAUUAGCAUUACUUUUAAAAUAUAGCAAAAUUGGUCAUGUACAUACAGUAACGAAUUAAUAGUAUAUAAAAACAGAACUUGCGUCCAAAAUAUUAACGGCAGCUUUGCAACAACAACAAACUGCUAAAGAGCAAGUAUUACGAGGGAAGUUGAUAGAUCAAUGUGUCCAAUGUGUAUAUAUAUAUAUAUUUAUUUUCUUAAUAAUGUAAUUUUAAUGUAUGGUUAGUUGUUAAUAUCUACUUGGCUUCACUUUCCAUAAUUUUAACAUUCCUAGUUUUGUUGUAACCUGUUCUUAUUUUAUAACAAAUACAUGGCAAAGUAGCCUUAAUGAAUCAAAUGCAUCACACCAUUCCACAUGUGAAUAAUUUAUCUGUCAAUUGAGUUUUACUUUCUGUUCUAAUUUGUGCCCAAAUCCAGAGUUUGUGGACGAAAGGGUUUGUGAUGAAGAUGUUUAUUACCACUUUGUACAAAACCACUAUGGUGUAAUGAUUUAUUUGUAAUCUUUGGCAGGAUAUUUUAAUGUUACAUUGUUUACUACAAUUUCAUAUAAACUGAAAAGGAGAAAUUGAAGAACAACAAAUGUUUUUACACUGGUUUUGAUGGGGUAAGGUGGCCGUUCUGAUAUCCCAAAAACUGCAGCUUUUGUGGUGUGGCCAGUAUUAAAUAUAUCUGAAUUUGUAACACAUUCACACGUUUGUCUAUAUGUCAAUGUAAUGUAUUAAUUUUCAUUUUUGUCUGACGCACAAAAGCUUAAAAUAGAAUUAAUUUAUCUGUGGUAACAUCUGAACAUCCCUCAAUCUUGUAAACUGGUCUAACUUGAAAUCAUCUUUGUGCCAAACAAUGCAUUUGUUUUCCCUGUAAUCUAUUCUGUCUUUUGCUAUUAAACACAAAAAUGUGAAAUUA